GUGGCGACUGACCUCUGUCCCUUGUUCCUGUCCACAUGCCUUCCUCCUUGCGAAGUCUCUUGCCAGCUCUUUGAGGGCAUGAAGGCGUACAAAGGCAGAGACCAGCAGGUGCGCCUCUUCCGACCCUGGCUCAAUAUGGACCGGAUGCUGCGCUCAGCCCUGCGCCUCUGCCUGCCGAGUUUCGACAAGGUCGAGUUGCUCGAGUGCAUCCGUCGGCUCAUUGAACUAGACAAGGACUGGGUUCCUGACGGCACCGACAACAGCCUCUAUGUGCGGCCUGUGCUCGUGGGUAACGAGAUGUCGCUGGGUGUCAGCCGUGCCACGCAAGCCCUCCUGUAUGUCAUUCUCUGCCCCGUGGGCUCAUACUUCCCUGGAGACUCCAUGACCCCUGUCUCCCUCUUGGCCGACCCAACAUUCAUCCGGGCUUGGGUGGGUGGGGUCGGCAACUACAAACUGGGUGGGAAUUAUGGGCCCACGGUGUUAGUGCAAGAGGAGGCGCAAAAGAAGGGAUGUGAACAGGUUCUCUGGCUGUAUGGGCCUGACCACCAGCUCACCGAGGUGGGCACCAUGAACAUCUUCAUCUACUGGACCCACGAGGAUGGGGUGCUGGAGCUGGUGACCCCCUCGCUGGAUGGAGUCAUCCUGCCUGGAGUAGUCAGACAGAGUCUGCUGGACCUGGCUCAGACCUGGGGAGAGUUCCGCGUAGCAGAGCGCAGGAUCACCAUGAAGGAGUUGCUGCGGGCCCUGGAGGAGGGACGGGUACGGGAAGUCUUUGGCUCAGGCACCGCUUGCCAGGUCUGCCCUGUGCACCGCAUCCUGUACAAAGGCAAGCACCUCCACAUUCCCACCAUGGAAAAUGGACCUGAGCUUAUCCUCCGCUUCCAGAAGGAGCUGAAGGUGAUCCAGUACGGAACCGGCGCGCACGAGUGGAUGUUCCAGGUGUGACGCUGCGGCAUGUGCCCGACGGCUCUUCGGAUCUACCGACCUGCAGCGUCUAGUCCUGCGGCCCUCGCGUCUAUACCAAUGACUCACCCGAAGUGCAAUAUGAAGCAGGAGGCCGGGGGACCGGACGCCCAUGCCUCGGGCGCCCCCACGUGGUCGCUACACUCCCAGAGCCGUGAGGGCCCGACCCAGACGUCUUCGCUCCCAGCCCUGCAUCUCGGGCAUCAGGUCCACUGCUGCUCCAAGUUAGAGAUGCGCCUGGAGCUGACUCCGCAUCUCUCUGUUAUUAGGCUGGACUCCCCGGUGCUGCCAUUGACUCCCCCCCCCUUCUCUCUGUCCUUGCUGCAAUUUUGAAAUAAAAUGCCAAAGAACAAGA